UAACAUGUUUAAUCAUUUUAUGCCACUUCAAAUUAUGUUUCAAUGGGGGGACGUUGUUAAAGACAGUUACCUCCCUUCAGACAGCGUCUGCUGAUGACUGUUGGUAGAAUGAGAGAUGUGCACAGAUCUCUACUAUCUGUUGGAAGGAAUCUUUAAAGGCCCAGCUUUACCUUUGAAUAAAUCAUCUGUCAGAAGAUUUGAAAUACAAUGUUACGUAUUUAUCACAAAACUAUUCAGUUACAAGUUAAAUAUGGUUUUCCUUCUAGAAAAAAAUCAACAUUUUUAAAGGACUAGUGGGGAGUAAAUUUGUUUUCGAAUGAUUAGAUAAAUCUUUUUGCAAGACACUUUUUCUUGGUGAAUACACCACUUUCGUUUUCGAGAUGCAAGCUUAUAAUCAUUACCAUGCACAGAAAAGGGUUAAAAUUAUAACUCACAUUUGUACACUGACUCACCUAAUUAACAUCAUAUAUAUAAUAUUAGGGUCAUAUUCAUUGGCAGAGACCUUCACAACACAAUUUUUUUUUUUUUGAAAAAAAAGAUGUCCAAUCCUGAAAUUUGUGCUGCUGACCUCAUUCUGUGCAUGUUGAUAUUCAAGAAUGGAAGAAUAAGGACGGAAAGCUCCAAACACAAAGCAGUAACAAUAACUUUAAUCUGAAGCUGAUCAUGAAUUCAAGGGACACAAGAACAAGAUAAGUUUAAAAGCUAGUGAGUUUAAAAAGUGAGUUUAAAAGUGAGUUUUAGAUCAGCUUGCGGAGAGUCUGCCAUAAGAGACAGUCAUUUGAUUUUCAAGAUUGGCUGAACAUUCUUAAGGUGAAUAUAAAGAGUCUGUCAAAUGAGGAAAUCAGCACACUGUUUCAAGAACUGUUGCAAUCUUGUUCACCAUGUCAGAAGAUGUAUCUGCAAGAACAUCUGCAACAUAUUUUCCUGUGGAACCCUUUCAUUGAUCUGGACUGUCUUCCAUUCCAAAAAAUUCUGCACGUUUUAGAUGUUCAGAGUUUAGCCAGAUGUCGACAGGUAUGCAAGGCGUGGAAUAUUGCUGUGUCAUCCAACUCUCGAUUGUGGUGGCUGUGGUGCAAGCGUGAUGGAGCCCAGGUUGGAGAUUAUGAAAGCAAACAUGAUUAUAUAUCUCUUUAUGUUAAACUUAAGCAUGUCUUGAAAAAACUGUCAUUGGGAACAUUCUUCUCAUGGGAGCCAAUACCUGCACCUAAAGGUGUGCUUCGUAUUGUGUACAAGGAUGGCAUCUUUGUGUUUGAGCUUUAUGGACGAAACAGUACAACAUGUCUGAUGGACACUCAAAGUUAUGAAGUACUUCAGGAGUUGCAAAGUGACCGCCUGUCUUGUCUUACAUUCCGUGAUAACAUCAUUGUGGCUGGAUCAUUUUUGGCUGGCAUGUGGGUGUGGCAGCUUGGUGGUUUUGUGAAUAAACAGGUACUCCAGGGCCACGCUGGAGCAACGAUCUGUGCUGACAUUCAUCCCAGUAAAUCCUUUGUUGUCACUGGGUCAGCUGACAAGACUGUCAUUCUGCACAACUUGGAUGUUGGUGCUUCACACCAUCUGCAUGUAGGGCCCAUAGAAAACCACGUGCGACAUGUACACUUUCUGCCUCAAAACAGCACAGAACAAUUUAGAAUUUGUGUGGGUGAACAAUCUCGCAUUGUUGUAGCUGUUGUGGACAAAAAUGGGCAUUGUCUGGCAUAUAGUCAGCACCUUGCAUCAGGCGGGGGACGGUAUUGUUCAUUCUCUCAUGCAAGUCAUGAUGAGAAUCUUUUUUAUGUGUCAGUCAUGGAAGAGGCUGGUUUCUGUUCUGUAAUCAGCUACCAUCUCAGUGAAACAGACUUUACUGAAGAAAAAGCAGUCAUCACUGGGCUUAAAAGCUGUGCGCAUGUCAUAGGAUGUGGUAGGAGGUUUCUAAUGAUUCUUUACACCAUUCCUCUUGCAGAAACUGACAACAGCCACAAUUUUCUCAUCUUUGAUCUCACCAAGAGCCAGAUAAUUGCACGGACAUUUAUUCCAAUUAGAAGCAGUGAAAAUGCAUGGACUGUCAGUGUUGGAGACACUGACUGGCUUCAUGGUCUCAGCUCAGACACUUUGUGUUCCAGAAAAUUCUUGAUUGUGUUUGUCUCUUAUGAUGGAGAACUUUGUUGUAUGAGUUGGGAUCAAACGCUGUGGAAGGCAUAGCAAGGAUAUAUUAAUUCUUUUGGCGGCUAACAUGAGGCAAUAUUUUACAAUGACUGCUUUCAUGGUAUCAUAAACUGAAAUUAAUCAGGGCUCACAUCUGAAUGUAUCUCAGGGUUAUUCAGAUAUAUAGUAUAGAAUGUCUGUCCAGAAAGUAUUGAGAGUUGUAUUUUUUAAUUUAUUUUAAAAAAUGUACAAUUCAGUAUUAUCACCUUCAGAAAAUAUUAUCCUUAUGAAAACACAGGACACUCCCAGUGCCCAUGCCAUUGUUGGUAAUAGUGCUGGAAAUCGUCAACUGUGAGGGUAUUCAAUCUUGGUUGUGGCUGUGUAGAUGUUGCUUACUUUGCCGAAGUGGUGACCUUUUAAAUGUGUUUUAAUAUUUGGGAACAAGAAGAAAUCAUACAGAGCCAAGUCAGGGCUAUAAGGUGGAUGUGGAAGGACUAGAAGUUUCUUUUCAACAAAAGAUUCUCUCACAGCCAUUGAUUCAUGACCCUAUGUAUUGCUAUGACAUACCUCUGCUCUCAACAUACUUGCAUUGUUCCUGUGACAAGGCUUUUCGAAAGGGUUUUUCAAAAACAAUCUUAUGGGUACCUCAGAAACUAGAAUGUAACUACCAUUUAUCAGAGAUUCCAUUCUAAAUGGCUUUGAUUACCAUCCGUAAGCCCAACAUAUAGUUUCUGAAUUUCAUUCUCAUUGUUUUCUGAACAGAUCAUAUCUGUGUAUGCAAGUUGUAGUGGAAGUGUCAGCAUUAUUUUGUGUGAGUCUGGCUUCAUCUGCAGAAACACAUAAUCUCAAUCUUUGCAUUUAGAUUUUGAAUAAAUAUUUUCUGUG